CUUUUGCCCUUAUUAGAUAUGGCGCUGGCCAGCGUGUUGGAGAGGCCGCUGCAGGUGAACCGGCAGGGGUUUUUUGGACUCGGUGGUCGUACAGAUCUGCUGGACCUGGGUCCGGGGAGUCCCUGUGAUGGGCUGAGCCUGGCCGCGCCCUGCUGGGAGUUCCCGGAGGAGCCGCGAAUCGAGAUGCUUCAUGGCACCACCACCCUGGCCUUCAAGUUUCGCCAUGGAGUCAUUGUUGCAGCUGACUCCCGAGCCACAGCCGGGGCUUACAUUGCUUCUCAGACGGUGAAAAAAGUCAUCGAAAUCAACCCUUACCUUCUGGGCACCAUGGCUGGGGGUGCAGCAGACUGCAGCUUCUGGGAGCGACUGUUGGCCCGGCAGUGUCGAAUCUACGAGCUUCGAAAUAAGGAACGUAUCUCUGUAGCAGCCGCCUCCAAGCUGCUUGCGAACAUGGUGUAUCAAUACAAAGGCAUGGGGCUGUCCAUGGGCACCAUGAUCUGUGGCUGGGAUAAGAGAGGUCCUGGCCUCUACUACGUGGACAGUGAAGGGAACCGGAUCUCUGGAACCACCUUCUCUGUAGGUUCUGGCUCUGUUUAUGCUUAUGGGGUUAUGGAUCGAGGCUACUCCUAUGACCUAGAAGUGGAGCAAGCCUAUGAUCUGGCCCGUCGAGCCAUCUACCAAGCCACCUACAGAGAUGCCUACUCAGGAGGUUCAGUCAACCUGUACCAUGUGCAGGAGGCUGGCUGGAUCCAUGUUUCCAGUGACAAUGUAGCCGACUUACAUGACAAGUAUACUGGAUCUACCCCUUGAAGGGGGGUGGAUGUGGCUACUUGCGUUUCUUGGGGUGACUGUCACUAGUGAUAUUACAACACCCCAUCGCAUGGUGGAGGAGUCUGCAGUUGUAUCUGAAACAAUGGCAUCUUUGAAAACUAUUAACAUCUGUAUUAGUAAUUGCUAAUGAGCUGCUGGUGAAAUGGCUGUCUUGCUUAUUUUUGGAUGUUUGCAUUACAGUACUCAUUGCUCAACCUCA